AUGCCUGGUUUCGAUUCAAGGAUAAUGUAUCUGGUAAUGAGGUCUGAUCUUAUCACCGAUUUGAAAUGGUCGAUUGGUGCAGUUGUAGCGCAAGCUGCACAUGCGGCAACUGCAUGCGUAUGGACAUUUCGUGAAGAUAAUGAAGUAAUGGAAUACAUGAAAGAUAUCUCUCACUUGAGAAAGGUUACACUAAAGGUACCGAACGAAAGUGAAUUGCGAAAUGUCGAGAAGAGGCUACAGGACAGUAACGUUGAUUAUUAUUUAUGGACGGAAGACAGUAUGGCCGUGUGCAUUGCCCUCAAACCGCAGUUCAGAAGUUCUGUUGAACAACAUGUUAAACAUUUGAAACUCUUUUAA